AUGGCCUUACCGUUUUCCAAACAAGUCAUCGUCACGAUCUUUACUUUGCACCCCUUUACCAAAUAUGUUGUGUGCAUUCGGGGCCUCACUGCAUCUAUUGUUGCGUAGGCUGUCGGAUACCAGCCGUCAAAUGACUAUUGGAAGAACCAAAAUACCCCGCCAUUUGGUAUCGGCUUGCUUUCUGGCGAGGUCUAUCUCAUCGAGCCACUUGACAGAGAGGCGACCGCAGAAUAUGAACUGGAGUUGCGCGUUUUUGAUGGGAAGUGGACUUCUACGAGGCGCCUUCAUGUGACAGUGCUUGAUGUCAAUGAUGAGGUGAGCCCUACCAUGUCUCCUUUUCGUGUCAUCUGCAUCUUUCCUGGAUGGUAG